CGGAGGAGAAGGUGACGGAGACGAGACUUUCUACGCAAUCUAGGUCCAAGGACAGAAGAUGUUUCCGGUUUUGGCCCUCGCCAUCUUCUACGGCCUCCUGGCCCAGAACACCCAAGGAUAUGCCAGCCCUCAGGCCAUUGUCAAUCUUGGACCAGAAAUGCUUCAGCGCCUGAUUUCCCAUCGGUUGGACAGCCAGGCUUUGGUCGGCCGUCUCCAGAAUUUGCCCCUCCAGAGCAUCUUGCAAGGUGGUUCCGGCGGAUUGCUGGGCCUGGGAAACCUCCCCGUCCUCGGAGGCCUGGUGGACGGGCUUCUGGGCAACAUCUUGGGGGUGAAGAUCAGAAACAUAGAGCUUCUCCGACUCGACAUCCGUUUUGAUGAGGUAGCAAAGCACAUUAUUGUGACUGUCCCAGCAGAUGUGGAGAUUGAAAUAAAUCUGCCACUCAAUCUAGGCAGGCUCCUUCACGUGAAGCUGUACCUGGACAUCCAGGUUGCAGUUCGAAUCCUGACAGACCCAGUGAGCGGCCAUGUGAAACUGGUCGUCGGAAAUUGCCACAAUAACCCUGGCCACCUUAGAAUCACCCUCCUCAACAAGAAAGGACCUCUUCUCCAGACCGUCAAUAACCUCCUGCGAGCCGUGACCGACAUUCUGGAGAAGACGGUUCCCCAUCUGCUGCAGAAAGAGCUCUGCCCACUUGUCAACAUGCUUCUAGAAGAUGUGCUGAAUUUGCUGCAAGGCUCCUCGUCCUCCUAUGUGCACGGAGACAUGAUCCAGCUGCGACCCUCGUCCACCUCUCUCCGCAACGGAGUCAUGCAAAUUGGCUAUGAAGGCACCGUCCGCCUGCCUGGAGGGCAGAACUACAUCGUCCCCUCUGGCACCGCCCCCCUUCCCCAUGCGCCCCUGGGCGACGCUCCCAUGAACAUGCUCCUCAGCGACCACCUGCUGAGCGCGAUGCUCAGAGCUUUCUUGACUCCAAGGGCUAUAAACAUCCACAGUCCACAGGAGAUUACUGCAUUCAGUCAACAGAUGGCAGCUCUGUCUGGUUUUAAGGGCGCAAUACGGGCCUUGCAGGUCUCUUACGGGGCUCCUGUCCUCGCCCUGACCGUGGGAAGGAUCGAGGUGAAGCAGAAUAUCGACGUCAAGGUGUACAGCGGCCGGCAUCUCUUCACUGUCCGUGCUACGGUGACUUCGCUUGGUGCCGUUUCUGUGGCCGGAGGGAGCCUGAGACUCACUCUUCACCUUGAAGGGAUUGACAAUCUCUCCUUGAUCAACUCUUCAGUUGGAAACUUUGAUGUGCAGCACCUGACAAGCGCAAUUUCACACCUGGUGUCUGCCUUCCUUUUACCACAUCAGAACCAUUUGCUGGCAGAAGGCUUCCCGUUGCCUCUGGUGCAACAGCUUGGCAUUGACCAUCUCAACGCUGCCCCUGGCCAGAACACUCUUCUGCUCUUCGCUCCCCCCUUGGCUUCCUGAAUGUGGGGAUCAAGAUCCUGACCUGAAUCAGAGGGAAGGAUCCUGGAACAAGAUGUGUAAUGCUGCUGCUGCUUCCCUUCCCUUCCCCCUUUACACCUCUGCUUUUGUAGGAUUGUAGAAUGGGAAGAGACCCCGAGGGUCAUCUAGUCCACCCCCUGCAAUGCACGGGUCACAACUGAAGCACCCCUGACGGGCAGAGCUUUGGACCUCUGGAGCCUGUGGCAUCCCUUGGCUCUCUGCUUCAGGGGUUCGAAAGCAGCAAUGGAUCCUUUGCAACGCGAUUUCCAGAGCUAGAUUUGCCUCCUGCCAUUUGGGAAUGGCACAAAUGUCAAAGCUAAAAGUGUUGGCACCUGAGUCUUGAGACCACAGGAAAUCCCGUAAGGCUGGAGUCAAAUCCCGCUCUUGGGAAACCUUGCCUUGAAUGUUUGUUGUUUGAAAGCAGUGGAGUGUUUGGCCCAGAGUCUUUUUGCAGGGUUCCCUCUGUGGAUUGCUAAGAUGUUCUGCUUGCUUAUCUUGCCUUGAUAAUAAAACAUUUCUCUUCACAACACCA